AUGCUAGUUCUCAAUUCGCAUCCACGCCUCGCUUUCUCUUAUCUCAAACACCAAGUAGGCCCGAGAUAUCAAGCGAGAAAGAUGGCGUCAUCAACCCCUCUGCCCACGUCGCGUGCGGUGCCGCGUUCGCGCCGACGAGAAACGAUCGAGGACUCGGGAGAGGAUGAGCAAGACGUUGCAACUCUAGGCCCACGAACCCGACGUGUAGAUGCUAUCUCGGACGAUGACUCAAAUCACAGUACUCCACCAGAGAGUGCAAACGAGAUCGACACGGCGUUCGAGGCACUCUUCGGACCGACGUCAACAGACCGCAGGAAACGACGGCGUAUCUCCUUAGACGCAGAACCUGCUAUGGCCCAACGUGGAAGACGCAACAUCGAUGCGAUUCUCACUUCACCCCCCGAGGCUCGGUCGCAGACCGCGGACCCUCCUUCCUCGCCAAUCCCAUUUCGUACUCCAAAACAGACGGCUCAGCCAGCAGCUUCGCGCAUACCAUCAUCCGUUGCACAAAGGGCGCCGGGCCCUGCCACACCGGCAAGCACACGGCCAUCCCGCAACCACCUUCGCUUCAUGAUGUCCCAGCCCACGUUCAGCAGCCAAUCGCAAUUCACCCCGAAGGUCCCUGCAGCCUCCGCAAACCAACUACCAACACCCGCGCCGCAAAGACAAAAACCCGCGUUCGUCCUACCUCGCUCUCCGUCCCCGUCCCGGACGCAAGAGGCAACGGCAGACAUACCCUCUCCAUUCUCCCCUUCAUCUCGUGCGCUCCGCCGUCGAGGACGCGCGCGGUCUAGCGCCCCUAGCUAUCUACCGGGUGGUAUGGCCUCGGACGUGCGCAGUUGGAUUCUAGAGAUAGGGACGAAGCGAGAACAGACGCAGCUUGGUGCUGUUCGUCGCGUUGAGCUAUCUCAACGAGAUCCGCUCUCAGAGAUACAGAAGUAUUAUGCCGUGGUCCGCAUCAGCGGCGUUCGCCAGUCGGCGUUGAGUAGCUCUGGUCCGCUGGCCUUUAUUCAGGGAUCAUCUGUGCCGUCUGAUGAUGGAGGCGACACUACAAAUUCUGAGACACAAAAGCUGCUCCUUCUCGGUCCUCCUCGAUCCGCCACGGUGGGGUCCAAUCUUCCCACUCCUGAGCUUCAGCCUGGCCAGGUGAUUGGAGUAUAUCGUGGUUUGGUAUGGGAGGUUGGUCUUGAUCGGGAACAUUUGGCUUCUGUGACGCCGAGUAUGGAGGAGCUGAGGCUGGAGCACGAAUCUGGACUUGGAGACUCGGAGGGUGAGGAGAAAUGGCUUGUGGGGAUGGAAUGGGAGCUGAUAUGUGAUUGUUGA